AUCGAUUCCCCAUCAGUAGUGUGGCACCAGUUAUGUUGUCAUUGUGACAUUUAUUCACACGUACCGAACAAACAAGAUGGGAGCGAGCACCAAGACUGGAAAAUUUGCCGUCGUAUUUACGGCCUUCGCAUUCCUGUUUAUAGUGAUUGCUUUCUGCUCGCCCUACUGGCUUACGACCGAUGGCAAGCUGGUCAAUCCGAAGUUCACCAAUCUGGGGCUAUGGGAGUUAUGUUUGAAGGAUUUUCAAGACAUUCAUCGGUUUUACGACACGAGGUUCAGUGGAUGCAUGUGGAUUUUCGAGGAGGAGUAUUACAUAUUGCAUGACUACAUCCUGCCAGGAUUCUUCAUUGCGGUGCAGUUUUUCUUCACGCUCUGUUUCACUUUGCUGCUGAUUGGUGUUGUUAUGACACUGCUGUUCCUGAGCUGCUCACGGGACAAUGAUCGCUACAUUAUGCUGCUACUGACAAAUGGGACAACUUUGGUGGUUGGUGCGCUCUGCGGAUUGAUUGCAGUGGUCACGUUCGGUUGCAAUGGGGAUCGGAGAGAUUGGAUGCCCAACUGGGAGCACAACGACAUGGGUUGGGCCUUCGCCGUCGGAGUAGUGGGGGUCUUUGCCAUGUUGCCGGCUGGUGUUCUGUUUAUAGUGGAAGCCCGGAGGGCAACCUAUCGACGGCUGAACAAUAUUGCAAACGCGGAAAUGGCUGCUUACGGUAUGGAUGAACGAAAAUAUCGUGGCGGUCAUACUGAUAUUUAAAACAGGUGCCCUUGUUUUAAAUAUUAUUUUUAUACAACAACAGCUAAGAGAGGCAAUCUCUUGUUUGAAUCAUCAGACUAUUGCAUAGGCUAGUGUUUUUUUAAACAUUCCGUCCGACCACAUUUUUACCGUAGUACACUUUACUCAGAACGAAUAGUCAUAAGCAGGAAGUUUUUCACGAAAAUAAAAAGAAAGUCGUUAUAA